AUGAGGAAACGAAGGUUAAAAAGGGUUGCACAGCUAGUGAGUGGCAGAGCCCAGAUGUGAAUUCUAAGUGUUGGCAUCUUUGCGCCCGAGGGUGUCGCAAGCGGAGGCGGCGAGGACAGGGCGCCUCCGGCCCAGCCAGCCGGGCGGUAUGCGGCGCGGGCAACAGCGCUAAGCGCCCCCACGCUGGGCACGGGGCGUACUCGCUCCAGGCGGCGGGCCGAGCGGCGGCGGCGGAGGGGAUGCGCCCGGGACGCGCAAGGCUCCUACCGCCAGCUACCGCCCCGAGGUGGACCCCCAGCAGGGCUCAACGCAGGACCGCGCGGACCCCUGCCCCCCGGGGCACGCGGCUGCGGAGCCUCGGGGCAGCAUCUGCGGUCAGGAUGCCCUGGGUGCCUCCCUGCUGGUGAGGAUGCCCUGCUGCGCGGCUCUGCACCCCCGGCCCCGGUCCCUGGUAGGCACGACUGAGAGGGCCAGACUUCGGCCCCUGGUGCCGGUGGAUGAAAAGCGCCGGAGUCCUUGAGUGCGACCAGCGAUCGAAUCUGAAUUCUAAGAGCCAUGGACGAAGGCACUGGGCUGCAGCCCCAGGCGGGAGAGCAGUUGGAAGCGCAAGCCACAGUAGGAGCUGUCCAAGAGAAGUGCGAACCAGAGACCUUUAGGUCCAAGAGUUUACCCGUCCUGAACAGCGCCUCCUGCCGGCCAGACCUCAGUCCUGCGAGUACAGGCGCAAAGGCAGCUUUUGGCUGUACAGAUUCUUUGGGCCGUCAGGAGUCGAAACAGGGCCCAAGCGGGUUGGCCCCCAGUCCCUCUGCUCCGUCCACUUCGGCAGAGAUGGCAGGGCUCAUGGAAUGUAACCACAGGGUGGAAGUCAGCAAAGCCGUGUCGGUGUCCUCCACGCUGGCCACGCUCCAGGGGAGAAGGUGCCUCUAUGUGGUCCUCACUGAUUCCCGUUGCUUCCUGGUUUGCAUGUGUUUCCUGACCUUCAUCCAGGCGUUGAUGGUCUCCGGCUACUUGAGCAGUGUCAUCACCACCAUCGAAAGGCGCUACAGUCUGAAGAGUUCUGAGUCGGGGCUACUGGUCAGCUGCUUUGACAUUGGGAGCCUGGUGGUGGUGGUGUUCGUCAGCUACUUUGGCGGCCGGGGUCGGAGGCCCCUGUGGCUGGCCGUCGGUGGACUUUUCAUUGCCAUCGGGGCUGCCCUCUUUGCUUUACCUCACUUCAUCUCGCCUCCCUACCAGAUCCAAGAGUUGAAUGCCUCGGCCUCCAACGACGGCCUGUGUCAGAAUGGCAACUCCACGGCCACCUCGGAGCCUCCCGCCUGCCUGAAGGACUCAGGAGGAAAUAAUCACUGGGUCUAUGUGGCUUUAUUCAUUUGCGCACAGAUUCUCAUCGGAAUGGGUUCCACACCUAUUUAUACCUUGGGACCAACCUACUUGGAUGACAAUGUCAAGAAAGAAAACGCAUCCUUGUACCUAGCCAUCAUGUAUGUCAUGGGAGCACUUGGUCCUGCAGUGGGAUAUUUAUUAGGUGGACUUCUUAUUGGGUUUUAUGUCGAUCCCAGAAAUCCUGUUAACCUUGAUCAGAAUGACCCUCGUUUCAUUGGAAACUGGUGGAGUGGAUUCCUCCUUUGUGCCAUUGCAAUGUUUCUUGUGAUAUUCCCAAUGUUUACUUUUCCAAAAAAGCUUCCUCCUCGACACAAGAAAAAGAAAAAGAAAAAAUUUUCUGCUGAUGUUGUUAGUGAUGAUGACGUUAUGAAGGAGAAAUCAAACAAUAGUGAACAAGUGGACAAAAAAGUUUCUUCUAUGGGAUUUGGAAAGAAUGUCAGAGACCUACCAAGAGCAGCUGUCAGGAUCUUAAGCAACAUGACAUUCCUUUUUGUGAGUUUGUCAUACACAGCUGAGAGUGCCAUUGUAACUGCUUUCAUUACCUUCAUUCCCAAGUUCAUCGAGUCACAGUUUGGUAUCCCAGCUUCCAAUGCCAGCAUCUACACUGGUGUUAUUAUUGUCCCCAGUGCCGGUGUGGGGAUUGUCCUGGGAGGCUACAUUAUAAAAAAACUGAAACUUGGUGCAAGAGAAUCUGCGAAACUAGCCAUGAUCUGCAGUGGUGUAUCUUUACUGUGUUUUUCCACCCUGUUUAUCGUUGGAUGUGAAAGUAUUAAUCUAGGGGGCAUAAACAUCCCAUAUACAACAGGACCUUCUCUCACCAUGCCUCAUAGGAACCUGACAGGAAGCUGCAAUGUUAAUUGUGGUUGUAAAAUACACGAGUAUGAGCCAGUCUGUGGAUCAGAUGGAAUUACAUACUUUAACCCUUGUCUGGCUGGCUGUGUUAACAGCGGUAAUCUUAGCACUGGGAUAAGGAAUUACACAGAAUGCACGUGUGUCCAAAGCCGGCAGGUGAUCACCCCGCCCACAGUGGGCCAGCGCAGUCAGCUUCGCGUCGUUAUUGUCAAAACCUAUCUCAACGAGAACGGCUAUGCUGUGUCCGGGAAGUGUAAACGGGCCUGCAAUACCCUUAUCCCGUUCUUAAUUUUCCUUUUCAUAGUCACCUUCAUCACAGCAUGUGCCCAGCCAUCAGCCAUCAUAGUAACACUCAGGUCGGUAGAAGAUGAGGAGAGACCUUUCGCGCUGGGGAUGCAGUUUGUUCUAUUGCGAACACUUGCAUACAUUCCUACUCCAAUUUACUUUGGAGCAGUCAUUGACACCACCUGCAUGCUCUGGCAACAGGAAUGUGGGGUACAAGGCUCUUGCUGGGAGUACAAUGUGACCUCGUUCCGUUUCGUCUAUUUCGGUUUGGCCGCCGGCCUCAAAUUUGUUGGCUUUAUUUUCAUUUUUCUGGCCUGGUACUCCAUUAAAUACAAGGAGGACGAGCUGCAGAGGCAGAGGUGGAGAGAGUUCCCUCUGAGCACCGUGAGCGAGAUGGUGGGCCACUCGGACCGUGCCCACAAGGAGGCCCGGACUAGAUCCUGCCCAGCUCUCGGCAGCCAGGGGGGGUUCUGCGAAGAGACUGGCCUGCGGAAAGGCGUCCACUGCACAGCACAGACCUACCCGGGGCCCUUCCCCGAAGCAAUAAGCCCGGCCCCGGCCCCGGGGCUCGAAGAAAGCCCAACUGCCACGGAGCCUCCCUCCUGAAGCUUGAAAACGGAAGACUUUAGUUUUGUUGGUUGAGUCGAAUAUGGCAACUUGAGAAACACCCGUGCCUUCUUUUCUUUCUUUCUUUUUUUAACCUCUAAAGACACGAUCCUCAGACCAACGAAACUCAGUAUACACAGCCACUGUUGAUUGAGGGCUGGAUACCUCAACAAGACUGACAGCCUUCUCCCCCCCUUCUCUCCAAGAAGGAGGAGUUUAGAUAGAGUUGUUACCAUUUCUGCUAUGUUAAUUUAACGCUCAUGUUCCGGUGUGGUAUAAGGCUGAGAGGUGCCUGGUUAUAACAAAAUCACGGGAAGUGUAAUGGCGGAGCAUAUCACUAGCAUACACUCCAAACCGAGGAUGCUGCUGGCUGUAUCCGCCCCAGACUUCCUGCUACAUUGGAAUCAGAUCUGUGUAUGUUUGAACGGGUUAUUUUAAGCACUUCAUUUUUACUCAGCCCUGCGAAGGGUCAAGUAUGUUGAAAACCCUCCCUGGGUAUUUGCUUUUGCAACAUUAAAAAGAAACAAAACAAAAAACGCCUCGGUGCUAAAAGUAUUUGAUGCAUGCUCACCACAAAAUGUGCCGCUGAAUUUACAGUAUUUCACUGGUAAGGGACUGCAUGUGCUUUGCUUUUGGAAAUCUAGAGAGCUUCCCAGAACACAAGCAUUCGUUACGCUCAUUACUACAGUUAAUCCGUGAACGUUACCCUGCAAAAUGAAGAGUGUUAAGGGAAAUACCUUUUCUACGGAAAACUCAGCGCUUUUGAUGUUUCUUUUAGCAAGAAUAAUAAGAUGCUAAAAAUAAUUUCAGAGAGAGGGCAAAAAUAUUUCCCAUAAUCUUUUCUUAUUUCUUCUCCAAAAAAACUGACACUCAUGUAAAGUGUUUUUAAUAAUGGGUUUUGAAGGCGUUGUCUUUUUCUUGAAUUCUAUUACCUGUUAAAAUCAGAGGAGAAGAUAUUGAAAACUAAAGUAAUUGCAGGGACAUAUUAAACCAAAGGGGUGAACAAAAAAGUUUAAACUUUGUAUCUAGAAACGAAAAAUAAGAAUAAUUGAUAAAACUUUAUAGUGGGCAUUUUUCUUAAAAUACAUACCUCUACCCCAAACCCCAAGUGUUAAUUUAGAAGCACGAAACAGGCAGGUCAGCCUCUAACUCUUUAGUUCAAGGAGAUGUAAUACUGUGUCAAAUAAACUGGCAUUAGGAUCCUAAUGGAGCAUGUGUUCAGUGUGUGUGUUUUGUGUGAAAGUGUGUUGGUGACGAAAGCCUGUUUUGAGUUGUUGCCUAAAGGAGUCUGAUUUUGUGAUUUUUAAAAUGAGUAUUUAUUUGGAGACCUCUUAGGGUAAUUUGACAGAUGUAUACUUUCCUUGUGUUUAAUGAAAUCUAUUGUCAAUGUACUAAUAAACCUUGGUUUACAACAUCUUGAAUACUUGAUCAUUGAAUAUUAAGAAAAAAGUAAAGAAAAUAAAGUGUGUGGACUGAAAUUAGUCUCGGAGGUCUCUUCUGACGGGCAGCCGAGUUUUCUAAGGCAUCUAAAACUUUUGGAUGAGAGGCGGAAGGAGGCAAAGGAACUACUGAAAUAACAGUAUGACUCAUGGACUGAAGCACAAAGUGGUUAUUUUUAGAACCUUGCCUUGA